AAACAGAACCAAUUAACCUCUAAAUUAGGUGCAACAGUACCAACAAACAGAUUGUCCUGGUCGGUGUGUUAUUACAAAAUUAUAAAACUAACCCGCUUACCGUAUAGAUUAUGGUACGGAUAUUGUACAGUGAAGACUGUACGAUCAUGGCCUCUACAAGGGAAAAACGUUCCAAUGCUGGAAAUAGGAUGGCAAGAUUAUUAGAUGAGGAAGAGGAGGAUGAUUUUUACAAAACUACCUAUGGUGGCUUUGAGGAAACCGAGCAAGACAAUGAUUACAUGGAGGAGGACGAGGGAGAAGAUGAGGUAGAUUCUGAUUUUAGUAUAGAUGAAAAUGAUGAGCCUGUCUCAGACCCAGAACAAGAUGGACCUAAAAAAAAGCGACGGUUGGUCACCAAGGCAUACAAAGAACCAAAACCUACUGCAGCGGACUCCUAUUCUACUCCUAAAGAAAAAAAAAUUAAGACUCCGCGUCAGCGACGUACCUCUGUCGACAAUUUGGAGAGAAAAUCUAUACGCCGUUCAACAGCUGCUAAGUCGGCAGCCACACAGAGACGACUCAAAGAAAGAAACGAGGAUUUAAAAAAGAAAGUCAGAACAGUUAAAUACGAUGUGUGGAAACCAACACAAGAGGAACUCCUGGAGGAGGCGCUGGUUACAGAGGAAUUAAAUCUAAAAUCUCUAGAAAAAUAUCAAAAGUUGGAGAAUGAAAAAAAAAAUACACGGACAGUGAGAAAGACUAAUGUUGGCCCUACAAUACGUUAUCAAUCUUUAUCAAUGCCCGUCUUAAUGCUGGCUGAAAUGCAAACAGAGGGAGAAGAGGAAAAAAUUAAUGUCGAAGCAGUCGAUGAGAAGGGUGCAACCAAUGCCAGCAUUGAUAUUGGAGAGGCUGGACUGGCGACCAUUUCACCAUCUGAAAAACGGGAAAUGUUGGAUGGACAGUCAAUCAAGACUGCAAUUCAAGAAAAACCCGUAGAAGAAAAAGAAGGAGGAUCCACAGGAGCUCCAGUGUUAUCUGAGCCAGAGAUCAUGCACGACGAGACCGGAAGCUGUUAUGAACGCACAUUUAUUACUUUCGAAAAUGAUCGUCUUUACUCAGAGGCAUUCAAACGGACAGCUCCCCCACGACCACCAUUGAAAUCACUAUGCGCAAUUACAAGACUUCCUGCUCGUUACUUGGAUCCAGUGACGCAGCUGCCAUUCAGAAAUAUGCAGACGUUUAGACUAUUGAGAGAAGCCUACUAUCAGCAGCUGGAAUCUCGAGCAGACACAAGCGAUGCUGCUCAAAGUCCUGAAUUAGUUCGUUGGCUUGAAUGGAGACAGAAAAAUCGCAAUGGCAAUAAUCUUAGAAAUACGGUCCGCCUUGAGCCCGCUUCAGUCACAUCAGCGUCUUAGCUCAUCCUUCUCAUAAAUCGCCAUCCCUCACAGUGUUGAAUCGUUUUUCAAACACCAGGCGAAAGAACCAUGUAAUUAUUCCAGUGAACGUCAAUUGCAGUAUUUUAAUCCGUAGCAAUUAAAAUAGAUUCCAGAAUCCCGGAUUUGUAUGCUCCUGGAGAUUGAAAAGUGACCAACGUUUGUUAAGAUCAAACGGAACUAUAGGUAACUUUCGUGUUGCCAAACUUUUUGGUUUGUAGGUAAAGAUGCCUCGCGAUUUUUUCGAAGUUUUCAUCAACGUGAACAUCAACCAUGGGAUUGGGUCAUAAAUAAUGAUUGAUGAACUAUAACGAAAUGAGUUCCGUUUUUUCGAUUUUUUUUAUUUACUUUUUUUUUAAUAAAGCUUUGCCACUUCACAUUAUCUAAUAGAAUAAGUUAAAAUUCUUCAUAAUAUUUAUUGCUAAAAUGCAAAUUCAUUAUUUACCUACAUGAAUUUAAUCGGAGAAC